AUGUCUACGUUACCUGCACGAGAUGACCUCAAAAUCAGGUCAUCUCUUCCUUACUGGAACUCCUCCCUGCCCGUGGAAAGUAGAGUUGAUGAUCUCCUAAGUCGAAUGACUCUAGAAGAGAAGGCGGGCGUGAUGUUUCAUACUAUGCUUGCAAUGAGCACAGGUGGAACAAUUGCGACUGAUGUGCCAAAGCUGAAUCGUGACAGCGCCGAAAAGUUGAUUCGUGGCAAGGCGAUGAACCAUUUCAACCUAUUGGGAAGCAUCAACGAUGCACGCACAAUGUCCCAAUGGCACAACGAAAUCCAACUCUUAGCUCGGGAGACACGUCUUGGUAUACCGAUCACCCUUAGCAGCGAUCCAAGAAAUCAUUUCACCAACAACAUCGGAACCGGAUUCCAAGCCGGGAAGUUCUCACAAUGGCCGGAAGCCUUGGGACUAGCAGCUCUGAGGUCAUCCGCUCUAGUAGAAAAAUUUGCGGACAUCAUCCGUCGCGAGUAUCUCGCGGUGGGAUUGCGACUUGCCCUUCAUCCUCAGGUUGAUCUUGCAACGGAGCCAAGAUGGUCCCGCAUCAGUGGGGGAUUUGGCGAGGAUGCAGACCUCUCGAGCGAGCUAGUCGUAGCUUACAUUCGAGGUCUUCAGGGCCCCGGACCCCUCGGUCUUUCCUCGGUAUCGACCAUGACAAAACACUUCCCCGGUGGUGGCCCGCAACUGGAUGGAGAAGACCCUCAUUUCCCCUAUGGCCGUGAACAGAUAUACCCCGGUGACAACUGGGAGUAUCACCUCAGACCUUUCAGGGCUGCGAUUGAAGCAGGGACGGCACAAAUCAUGCCAUAUUAUGGCAUGCCUAUCGGUACAAAGUAUGAGGAGGUCGGCUUUGCUUUCAAUCAGCAAAUCAUCACGGACCUCCUACGCAACGAGCUUGGUUUUAAGGGUAUUAUUUGCACCGAUUGGGGCCUUGUGACAGAUGCAGUCAUCAGAGGUCAAAAUUUGCCCGCUCGUGCCUGGGGCGUGGAACAUCUUACUGAGAUCGAGAGAGUACAACGUUUGAUUGAAGCCGGCUGUGAUCAACUAGGGGGCGAGUCUUGUCCAGAGCUGGUCGUGAAACUGGUCCGCGAUGGCAUUCUUCCCGAGUCUCGAAUCGAUGUCUCGGUACGCCGUCUCCUAACCGAUAAAUUCCUCCUGGGGCUAUUUGAGAAUCCCUUCGUGGAUGUCGAGGCCGCUUCCACUAUUGUGGGCUGCUCGGAGUUCUAUGAUGCCGGCCAGGAUGCACAACGCCGCUCUUUUACAUUGCUGAAAAACACGAACGACCUCCUCCCACUGACACCGGGCCUGAAAAGGAAAGUUUACAUUGAAGGAAUCUCGCCAGACCUUGUUCGGGCCCGAGGACUGAUUGUUGUGGAAGCAUUCGCAGAGGCUGAUUUUGCCCUGCUACGCCUUAGAGCACCUGCUAAACCGCGUUCGGGGGGAUUCGAGGCGCUUUUCCGUUCUGGGCCGAUCGAGUUCGACGAUAAAGAAAAGUCACGGCAAUCCAGCAUCUUCCGAACCGUUCCUCUCACAAUCGUUGACAUUCACCUUGAUCGUCCGGCAGUAAUAAUUGAAAUUUCCAAUGCGGCCAACGCAUUGCUAGUCAACUACGGCGCCAGUGAUGAAGCAUUCUUGGAUGUGAUUUUUGGUGUUGCCCAACCUGAAGGCAGGCUUCCUUUCGAUUUGCCUUCGUCGGAGGAAGCCGUGCGGUCCUCUCGCUCUGAUAUGCCCUACGACACGAAAGACCCGAUCUUCCGUUUCGGAGAUGGACUACAAUACAAACCUUCCUCUACCAACGACUCAACUUAA